GUGUUGGGAUCAGUCACUUUCCCCUUACAGGACUCAGAUCUUGGAGGCAAUUAGCAUCAGAGAAAACGAAUAGGAAAACCUGAAGUCUUAUUUUUUAAAGGCUGCUGAAGUUGAUUGGUUUCUCAUCAUUCCUAAACCUACUGAAGCAAUAAAGUUGGGAGAAAAUUUACCAAGAUUUUUAUCGCUGCCUUGAUAUAUACUUUUCUUUUUUCCAAAUGCUUUGGUGGGAAGAAGUAGAGGACUGUUAUGAAAGAGAAGAUGUUCAAAAGAAAACAUUCACAAAAUGGAUAAAUGCACAAUUUUCUAAGUUUGGGAAGCAGCACAUAGAAAACCUCUUCAGUGACCUGCAGGAUGGGAGACGCCUCCUAGACCUUCUUGAAGGCCUGACAGGGCAAAGACUGCCAAAAGAAAAAGGAUCCACAAGAGUUCAUGCCCUGAACAAUGUCAACAAGGCACUACAGGUCUUGCAGAAAAAUAAUGUUGAUUUAGUGAAUAUUGGAAGCACUGACAUAGUAGAUGGAAAUCAUAAACUGACUCUUGGUUUGAUUUGGAAUAUAAUCCUCCACUGGCAGGUCAAAAAUGUAAUGAAAAAUAUCAUGGCUGGAUUGCAACAAACCAACAGUGAAAAGAUACUCCUGAGCUGGGUCCGACAAUCAACUCGUAAUUAUCCACAGGUUAAUGUCAUUAACUUCACCACCAGCUGGUCUGAUGGUCUGGCUUUGAACGCUCUCAUCCACAGUCAUAGGCCAGACCUGUUUGAUUGGAAUAGUGUGGUUUGCCAGCAGUCAGCCACGCAACGACUGGAACAUGCAUUCAACUUUGCCAAAUAUCACUUAGGCAUAGAGAAACUACUGGAUCCUGAAGAUGUUGCCACCACUUAUCCAGAUAAGAAGUCCAUCUUAAUGUACGUCACAUCACUCUUCCAAGUUUUGCCUCAACAAGUGAGCAUCGAAGCCAUCCAGGAGGUGGAGAUGUUGCCAAGGCCAUCAAAAGUUACUAGAGAAGAACAUUUUCAAUUACAUCAUCAAAUGCACUAUUCUCAACAGAUCACAGUCAGUCUAGCACAGGGCUAUGAACGAACUCCUUCCUCUCCUAAGCCUCGGUUCAAGAGCUAUGCCUACACACAGGCUGCUUAUGUCACCACCUCUGACCCCACACGGAGCCCAUUUCCUUCACAGCGUUUGGAAGCUCCUGAAGACAAGUCAUUUGGCAGUUCAUUGAUGGAGACUGAAGUAAACCUGGACGGUUACCAGACAGCUUUAGAAGAAGUACUCUCAUGGCUUCUUUCAGCUGAGGACACAUUGCAAGCACAAGGAGAGAUUUCUAAUGAUGUAGAAGAAGUGAAAGAACAAUUUCAUACUCAUGAGGGGUACAUGAUGGAUUUGACAUCCCAUCAGGGACGGGUUGGCAAUGUUCUCCAAUUGGGAAGUCAACUGAUUGGGACAGGGAAAUUAUCAGAAGAUGAAGAAACUGAAGUUCAAGAACAAAUGAAUCUCCUAAAUUCAAGAUGGGAAUGCCUCAGGGUAGCUAGCAUGGAAAAACAAAGCAAUUUACAUAAAGUUCUAAUGGAUCUCCAGAAUCAGCAACUGAAAGAGUUACAUGACUGGCUAACAAAAACAGAAGAGAGAACAAGGAAAAUGGAAAAAGAACCCUUUGGACCUGAUCUUGAGGACCUAAAACGCCAAGUACAACAACAUAAGGUGCUUCAAGAAGACCUGGAACAGGAACAAGUCAGGGUGAAUUCUCUCACGCACAUGGUGGUGGUGGUUGAUGAAUCUAGUGGUGAUCAUGCAACUGCUGCUUUGGAAAAACAACUUAAGGUACUGGGAGAUCGGUGGGCAAACAUCUGUAGGUGGACAGAAGAUCGCUGGGUUCUUUUACAAGACAUUCUUCUAAAAUGGCAACGUUUUACUGAAGAACAGUGCCUUUUUAGUGCAUGGCUUUCAGAAAAAGAAGAUGCAGUGAAUAAGAUUCACACAACUGGCUUUAAGGAGCAAAGUGAAAUGUUAUCAAGUCUUCAAAAACUGGCUGUUUUAAAAACCGAUCUAGAAAAGAAAAAGCAAACCAUGGACAAACUCUGCUCACUCAACCAAGAUCUUCUUUCAACACUGAAAAAUACAUUGGUAGCCCAAAAGAUGGAAGCAUGGCUGGACAACUUUGCCCAGCGCUGGGAUAAUUUAGUCCAAAAACUUGAAAAGAGUUCAGCACAGAUUUCACAGGCUGUCACCACCACUCAGCCAUCACUAACACAGACAACUGUAAUGGAAACGGUAACUAUGGUGACCACAAGGGAACAAAUCCUGGUAAAGCAUGCCCAAGAGGAACUCCCACCACCACCUCCCCAAAAGAAGAGGCAGAUUAUUGUGGAUUCCGAAAUUAGGAAAAGGUUGGAUGUCGAUAUAACUGAACUUCACAGUUGGAUUACUCGUUCAGAAGCUGUGUUGCAGAGUCCUGAAUUUGCAAUCUAUCGGAAGGAAGGCAACUUCUCAGACCUUAAAGAAAAAGUCAAUGCCAUAGAGCGAGAAAAGGCCGAGAAGUUCAGAAAACUGCAAGAUGCCAGCAGAUCAGCUCAGGCCCUGGUGGAACAGAUGCUGAAUGAGGGUGUUAAUGCUGACAGUAUCAAACAAGCCUCAGAACAACUGAACAGCCGGUGGAUCGAGUUCUGCCAGUUGCUAAGUGAGAGACUUAACUGGCUGGAGUAUCAGAACAACAUCAUCACUUUCUAUCAUCAGCUACAACAAUUGGAGCAGAUGACAACUACUGCAGAAAACUGGUUGAAAACCCAACCCACUACCACAUCAGAGCCAACAGCAAUUAAAAGCCAGUUAAAAAAUUGUAAGGAUGAAGUCAACCGGCUGUCAGUUCUUCAGCCUCAAAUUGAGCGAUUAAAAAUUCAAAGCAUAGCCCUGAAAGAGAAAGGACAAGGGCCAAUGUUCCUGGAUGCAGACUUUGUGGCCUUUACAAAUCAUUUUAACCAAGUCUUUGCUGAUAUGCAGGCCAGAGAGAAAGAGCUACAGACAAUUUUGGACACUUUGCCACCCAUGCGCUAUCAGGAGACCAUGAGUACCAUCCUCAUGUGGAUCCAGCAGUCAGAAACCAAACUCUCUGUACCUCAGGUUACUGUCACUGAAUAUGAGAUCAUGGAGCAGAGACUCGGGGAGUUACAGGCUUUACAAAGCUCUCUACAAGAACAACAAAAUGGCCUAAACUAUCUCAGCACCACUGUGAAAGAGAUGUCAAGGAAAGCGCCCUCUAAUAUUAGCAGGAAAUAUCAAUCAGAAUUUGAAGAGAUUGAGGGCCGAUGGAAGAAACUCUCUGCCCAGCUGGUCGAACAUUGCCAAAAGCUAGAGGAGCAAAUGGCUAAACUCCGAAAACUUCAGAAUCACAUAAAAACCCUGAAGAAAUGGAUGGCCGAAGUUGAUGUUUUCUUGAAAGAGGAAUGGCCUGCCCUUGGGGAUUCAGAAAUUCUUAAAAAACAGCUGAAGCAGUGCAGGCUUUUAGUCAGUGAUAUUCAGACAAUUCAGCCCAGUCUAAACAGUGUCAAUGAAGGUGCACAGAAAAUAAAGAAUGAAGCGGAGCCAGAGUUUGCUUCUAGACUGGAGACAGAGCUUAGAGAACUUAACACUCAGUGGGAUCACAUGUGCCGACAGGUCUAUGCCAGAAAGGAGGCCUUAAAGGGAGGUUUGGAUAAAACUGUAAGCCUUCAGAAAGAUUUAUCAGAGAUGCAUGAAUGGAUGACACAAGCUGAAGAAGAAUACCUAGAGAGAGAUUUUGAAUAUAAAACCCCAGAUGAAUUACAGACAGCAGUUGAAGAGAUGAAGAGAGCUAAAGAAGAGGCCCAGCAAAAAGAAGCAAAAGUGAAACUCCUCACUGAGUCCGUAAACAAUGUCAUAGCUCAAGCUCCACCUGCAGCACAAGAGGCCUUAAAAAAGGAACUUGACACUCUGACCACCAACUACCAGUGGCUCUGCACCAGGCUGAAUGGGAAAUGCAAGACUUUGGAAGAAGUUUGGGCAUGUUGGCAUGAGUUAUUGUCAUACUUGGAGAAGGCAAACAAGUGGCUAAAUGAAGUAGAAUUUAAACUUAAGGCCACUGAAAAUAUUCCUGGUGGAGCUGAGGAAAUCUCUGAGGUGCUAGAUUCACUCGAAAAUUUGAUGCAACAUUCAGAGGAUAACCCAAAUCAGAUUCGCAUAUUGGCACAGACCCUAACAGAUGGCGGAGUCAUGGAUGAACUGAUCAAUGAGGAACUCGAGACAUUUAAUUCUCGUUGGAGAGAACUACAUGAAGAGGCCGUGAGGAGGCAAAAGUUGCUUGAACAGAGUAUCCAGUCUGCCCAGGAGAUUGAAAAAUCCUUACACUUAAUUCAGGAGUCCCUCUCAUCCAUUGACAAGCAGUUGGCAGCUUAUAUUGCUGACAAAGUGGACGCAGCUCAAAUGCCUCAGGAAGCCCAGAAAAUCCAAUCUGAUUUGACAAGUCAUGAGAUCAGCUUAGAAGAAAUGAAGAAACAUUACCAGGGAAAGGAAGCGGCCCAAAGGGUACUAUCCCAAAUUGAAGUGACACAGAAAAAAUUGCAAGAUGUCUCCAUGAAGUUUCGAUUAUUCCAGAAGCCAGCCAAUUUUGAGCAGCGUCUACAGGAAAGUAAGAUGAUUUUAGAUGAAGUGAAGAUGCACUUGCCUGCAUUGGAAACAAAGAGUGUUGAACAGGAAGUAGUACAGUCACAAUUAAAUCAUUGUGUGAACUUGUAUAAAAGUCUGAGUGAAGUGAAGUCUGAAGUGGAAAUGGUGAUCAAAACUGGACGUCAGAUUGUACAGAAGAAGCAGACAGAAAACCCUAAAGAGCUUGACGAAAGAGUAACGGCUUUGAAAUUGCAUUAUAAUGAGCUGGGAGCAAAGGUAACAGAAAGAAAGCAACAGUUGGAGAAAUGCUUGAAAUUGUCCCGUAAGAUGCGAAAGGAAAUGAAUGCCUUGACAGAAUGGCUGGCAGCUACGGAUAUGGAGUUGACAAAGAGAUCAGCAGUUGAAGGAAUGCCUAGUAAUUUGGAUUCUGAAGUUGCCUGGGGAAAGGCUACUCAGAAAGAGAUUGAGAAACAGAAGGUUCACCUAAAGAGCAUUACAGAGCUAGGAGAGGCCUUGAAAGCAGUUUUGGGCAAGAAGGAGACCCUGGUGGAAGAUAAACUGAGUCUUCUGAAUAGUAACUGGAUAGCUGUCACUUCCCGGGCAGAAGAGUGGUUAAACCUUUUGUUGGAAUACCAGAAACACAUGGAAACCUUUGACCAGAAUGUGGAUCACAUCACAAACUGGAUCAUUCAGGCUGAUACACUUUUGGAUGAAUCUGAGAAAAAGAAACCACAGCAAAAAGAAGACGUACUUAAGCGUUUAAAGGCUGAAAUGAAUGACAUACGCCCAAAGGUGGACUCCACCCGUGACCAAGCAGCAAACUUGAUGGCAAACCGCGGCGACCACUGCAGGAAAGUAAUAGAGCCCAAAAUCUCAGAGCUCAACCAUCGAUUUGCAGCCAUUUCUCACAGAAUUAAGACUGGAAAGGCCUCCAUUCCUUUGAAGGAAUUGGAGCAGUUUAACUCAGAUAUACAAAAAUUGCUUGAACCACUGGAGGCUGAAAUUCAGCAGGGGGUGAAUCUGAAAGAGGAAGACUUCAAUAAAGAUAUGAGUGAAGACAAUGAGGGUACUGUAAAAGAAUUGUUGCAAAGAGGAGACAACUUACAACAAAGAAUCACAGAUGAGAGAAAGCGAGAGGAAAUAAAGAUAAAACAGCAGCUGUUACAGACAAAACAUAAUGCUCUCAAGGAUUUGAGGUCUCAAAGAAGAAAAAAGGCUCUAGAAAUUUCUCACCAGUGGUAUCAGUACAAGAGGCAGGCUGAUGAUCUCCUGAAAUGCUUGGAUGACAUUGAAAAAAAAUUAGCCAGCCUACCUGAACCCAGAGAUGAAAGGAAAAUAAAGGAAAUUGAUCGUGAGUUGCAGAAGAAGAAAGAGGAGCUGAAUGCAGUGCGUAGGCAAGCUGAGGGCUUGUCUGAGGAUGGGGCAGCAAUGGCAGUGGAGCCAACUCAGAUCCAGCUCAGCAAGCGCUGGCGGGAAAUUGAGAGCAAAUUUGCUCAGUUUCGAAGACUCAACUUUGCACAAAUUCACACUGUCCAUGAAGAAUCAGUGAUGGUGAUGACUGAAGAAAUGCCUUUGGAAAUUUCUUAUGUGCCUUCUACUUAUCUGACUGAGAUUACUCAUGUCUCACAAGCCCUAUCAGAAGUGGAACAACUUCUCAAUGCUCCUGACCUCUGUGCUAAAGAUUUUGAAGAUCUCUUCAAACAAGAGGAGUCUCUGAAGAAUAUAAAAGACAGCCUGCAACAAAUCUCAGGUCGGAUUGACGUUAUUCACAAUAAGAAGGCAGCAGCAUUGCAAAGUGCCACACCGGUGGAAAAGGCGAGGCUACAGGAAGCUCUCUCACGGCUCGAUUUCCAAUGGGAAAGAGUUAACAGAAUGUGCAAGGACCGACAAGGGCAAUUUGACAGAUCUGUUGAAAAAUGGCGGCGGUUUCAUUAUGAUAUGAAGAUAUUUAAUCAAUGGCUAACAGAAGCUGAACACUUUCUCAAAAAGACACAAGUUCCUGAGAGUUGGAAACAUGCCAAAUACAAAUGGUAUCUUAAGGAACUCCACGAUGGCAUCGGGCAGCGGCAAACUGUUGUCAGGAUAUUGAAUGCAAAUGGGGAAGAAAUAAUUCAGCAGUCCUCAAAAACAGAUGCCAGUAUUCUACAAGAAAAAUUGGGAAGCCUGAAUCUGCGGUGGCAGGAGGUCUGCAAACAGCUGGCCGAAAGAAAAAAGAGGCUAGAAGAACAAAAGGAUAUCUUGUCAGAAUUUCAAAGAGAUUUAAAUGAAUUUGUUUUAUGGUUGGAAGAAGCAAAUAACAUUACUAGUAUUCCACUUGAACCUGGAAAUGAGCAGCAACUAAAAGAAAAACUUGAGGAAGUCAAGUUACUGGCAGAAGAGUUGCCCCUGCGCCAGGGAAUUCUAAAACAAUUAAAUGAAACUGGAGGAACAGUGCUUGUAAGUGCUCCCAUAAGCCCAGAAGAGCAAGAUAAACUUGAAAAUAAGCUCAAGCAGACAAAUCUUCAGUGGAUAAAGGUUUCUAGAGUUUUACCUGAGAAACAAGGAGAAAUUGAGGCUCACAUAAAAGACCUUGGACAGCUUGAAGAGCAAUUAAAUCAUCUGCUUCUGUGGCUGUCUCCUAUUAGGAAUCAGUUGGAAAUUUACAACCAAACAAAUCAAACAGGACCAUUUGACAUUAAGGAAACUGAAGUAGCAGUUCAAGCUAAACAGCCGGAUGUGGAAGGGAUUUUGUCUAAAGGGCAGCAUUUGUACAAGGAAAAACCAGCCACUCAGCCCGUGAAGAGGAAGUUAGAAGACCUGAGCUCAGAGUGGAAGGCGGUAACCCAUUUACUUCAAGAGCUGAGGACAAAGUGGCCUGGCCCUACCCCUGGACUCACCACUGCUGGAGCUUCUCCUAGUCAGACUGUUACUCUGGUGACACAACCUGUGGUUACCAAGGAAACUGCCAUCUCCAAACUAGAAAUGCCAUCUUCCUUGCUGUUGGAGGUACCUGCUCUGGCAGAUUUCAACCGGGUUUGGACAGAACUUACCGACUGGCUGUCUCUGCUUGAUCGUGUUAUAAAAUCACAGAGGGUGAUGGUGGGUGAUCUUGAAGACAUCAACGAGAUGAUCAUCAAGCAGAAGGCAACACUGCAGGAUUUGGAACAGAGGCGCCCCCAGUUGGAAGAACUCAUUACUGCUGCCCAGAAUUUGAAAAACAAGACCAGCAAUCAAGAGGCUAGGACGAUCAUUACUGAUCGAAUUGAAAGAAUUCAGAGUCAGUGGGAUGAAGUACAGGAACACCUUCAGAACCGGAGGGAACAGUUGAAUGAAAUGUUAAAAGAUUCAACACAAUGGCUGGAAGCUAAGGAAGAAGCUCAGCAGGUCUUGGGGCAGGCCAGAGCCAAGCUUGAGUCAUGGAAGGAGGGUCCCUACACAAUGGAUGCAAUCCAAAGGAAAAUCACAGAAACCAAGCAGUUGGCCAAAGACCUCCGCCAGUGGCAGAUAAAUGUAGAUGUGGGAAAUGACUUGGCACUGAAACUUCUUCGGGAUUAUUCUGCAGAUGAUACCAGAAAAGUACACAUGAUAACAGAGAACAUCAAUGCCUCUUGGGCAAGCAUUCAUAAAAGAGUGAGUGAGCGAGAGACUGCUUUGGAAGAAACUCAUCGAUUACUGCAACAGUUCCCCCUGGACCUGGAGAAGUUUCUUGCCUGGCUUACGGAAGCCGAAACAACUGCCAACGUCCUGCAGGAUGCCACCCAUAAGGAAAGGCUCCUAGAAGACUCCAAGGGAGUAAGAGAGCUGAUGAAACAAUGGCAAGACCUCCAAGGAGAAAUCGAAGCUCACACAGAUAUCUAUCACAACCUGGAUGAAAACGGCCAAAAAAUCCUGAGAUCCCUGGAAGGUUCUGAUGAUGUGGUUCUGUUACAAAGACGUUUGGAUAACAUGAACUUCAAGUGGAGCGAGCUGAGGAAAAAGUCUCUCAAGAUUAGGUCCCAUUUGGAAGCCAGUUCUGACCAGUGGAAGCGUCUGCACCUUUCUCUUCAGGAACUUCUGGUGUGGCUACAGCUGAAAGAUGAUGAGUUAAGCCGGCAGGCACCUAUUGGAGGCGAUUUCCCAGCAGUUCAGAAGCAGAAUGAUGUACACAGGGCCUUCAGGAGGGAAUUGAAAACGAAAGAACCUGUAAUCAUGAGUACUCUUGAGACUGUACGAAUAUUUCUGACAGAGCAGCCUUUGGAAGGACUAGAGAAACUCUACCAGGAGCCCAGAGAGCUGCCUCCUGAGGAGAAAGCCCAGAAUGUCACACGCCUCCUACGAAAGCAGGCUGAGGAGGUCAACACUGAGUGGGAAAAAUUGAACCUGCACUCAACUGACUGGCAGAGAAAAAUAGAUGAGGCCCUCGAAAGACUCCAGGAACUUCAGGAGGCCACGGAUGAGCUGGACCUCAAACUGCGCCAAGCUGAAGUGAUCAAGGGAUCAUGGCAGCCCGUGGGCGAUCUCCUCAUUGACUCCCUCCAAGAUCACCUCGAGAAAGUCAAGGCACUUCGAGGAGAAAUUGCACCUCUCAAAGAGAAUGUAAGCCAUGUCAAUGACCUUGCUCGCCAGCUCACCACGUUGGGCAUUCAGCUGUCACCAUAUAACCUCAGCACUCUGGAAGACCUGAACACCAGAUGGAAGCUUCUGCAGGUGGCUGUUGAGGACCGCAUCAGGCAACUGCACGAAGCCCACAGGGACUUUGGCCCAGCAUCCCAGCACUUUCUUUCCACUUCUGUCCAGGGUCCCUGGGAGAGAGCCAUCUCACCAAACAAAGUGCCCUACUAUAUCAACCACGAGACCCAAACAACUUGCUGGGACCAUCCCAAAAUGACAGAGCUCUACCAGUCUUUAGCUGACCUGAAUAAUGUCAGGUUCUCGGCUUAUAGGACUGCCAUGAAACUCCGAAGACUGCAGAAGGCCCUUUGCUUGGAUCUCUUGAGCCUGUCAGCUGCAUGCGAUGCCCUGGACCAGCACAACCUCAAGCAAAAUGACCAGCCCAUGGACAUCCUGCAGAUCAUUAAUUGUUUGACCACGAUUUACGAUCGCCUGGAGCAAGAGCACAACAGUCUGGUCAACGUCCCUCUCUGCGUGGACAUGUGUCUCAACUGGCUGCUGAAUGUUUAUGACACGGGACGAACAGGGAGGAUCCGGGUCCUGUCUUUUAAAACUGGCAUCAUUUCUCUGUGUAAAGCACAUUUGGAAGACAAGUACAGAUACCUUUUCAAGCAAGUGGCCAGUUCAACGGGAUUUUGUGACCAGCGCAGACUGGGCCUCCUUCUGCAUGAUUCUAUCCAAAUCCCAAGACAGUUGGGUGAAGUCGCAUCCUUUGGGGGCAGUAACAUUGAGCCGAGUGUCAGGAGCUGCUUCCAAUUUGCUAAUAAUAAGCCUGAGAUUGAAGCGGCCCUCUUCCUAGACUGGAUGAGACUGGAACCCCAGUCCAUGGUAUGGCUGCCCGUCCUGCACAGAGUGGCUGCUGCGGAGACUGCGAAGCAUCAGGCCAAGUGUAACAUCUGCAAGGAGUGUCCGAUCAUCGGCUUCAGGUACAGGAGUCUAAAGCACUUUAAUUAUGACAUCUGCCAAAGUUGCUUUUUUUCUGGUCGCGUUGCAAAAGGCCACAAAAUGCACUACCCCAUGGUGGAAUAUUGCACUCCGACUACAUCGGGAGAAGAUGUUCGAGACUUUGCCAAGGUACUGAAAAACAAAUUUCGAACCAAAAGGUAUUUUGCGAAGCAUCCCCGAAUGGGCUACCUGCCAGUGCAGACGGUCUUAGAGGGGGACAACAUGGAAACUCCUGUUGCUCUGAUCAACUUCUGGCCGCUAGAUUCUGCGCCUGCCUCGUCCCCUCAGCUUUCACACGAUGAUACUCAUUCACGCAUUGAACAUUAUGCUAGCAGGCUAGCAGAAAUGGAAAACAGCAAUGGAUCUUAUCUAAAUGAUAGCAUCUCUCCUAAUGAGAGCAUAGAUGAUGAACAUUUGUUAAUCCAGCAUUACUGCCAAAGUUUGAACCAGGACUCCCCCCUGAGCCAGCCUCGUAGUCCUGCCCAGAUCUUGAUUUCCUUAGAGAGUGAGGAAAGAGGGGAGCUAGAGAGAAUCCUAGCAGAUCUUGAGGAAGAAAACAGGAAUCUGCAAGCAGAAUAUGAUCGUCUCAAGCAGCAGCAUGAACAUAAAGGCCUAUCCCCACUGCCGUCCCCUCCUGAAAUGAUGCCCACCUCUCCCCAGAGUCCCCGGGAUGCUGAGCUCAUUGCUGAGGCCAAGCUACUGCGUCAACACAAAGGCCGCCUGGAAGCCAGGAUGCAAAUCCUGGAAGACCACAAUAAACAGCUGGAGUCCCAGUUACAUAGGCUAAGGCAGCUGCUGGAGCAACCCCAGGCAGAGGCCAAGGUGAAUGGUACAACGGUGUCCUCUCCUUCUACGUCUCUUCAGAGGUCAGACAGCAGCCAGCCUAUGCUGCUCCGGGUGGUUGGCAGUCAAACUUCAGAAUCCAUGGGUGAGGAAGAUCUUCUCAGUCCUCCCCAGGACACAAGCACAGGAUUAGAAGAAGUGAUGGAGCAACUCAACAACUCCUUCCCUAGUUCGAGAGGACACAAUGUAGGAAGCCUUUUCCACUUGGCAGAUGAUUUGGGCAGAGCGAUGGAGUCCUUAGUUUCAGUCAUGACAGAUGAAGAAGGGGCAGAAUAAAUGUUUUACAACUCCUGA